AUGCAAGUGCAGACACAGUGGCAGCAGCAAGAUCAACUUCAAAAGCUGCAGUUGCGGAAUGAACAGCAGAUCGAGCGAUGCCUGAAGCAGCAACAGUAUGGCCUUUUGGAGAAUAUGCAAGCACUAGCCGACAGGCUCUUUCAGCUGGAGAGCUUGAAGCCUCAGACUUCUGAGUACGAGCAGAGACCCAAGCCUAGUUCACAAUAUUCGAUGUCUGAACAUUCUGAAGCUCUGAGAUCUUCAAGCCCGAAGCAAGAAACCUCGAUUUCGAGAGUCCAUUUUGAAGAAUCCCUUGAGCACGAGAAACAGCGCAUGCAACGUGAGUUUGACGAUAAGCUGGGUCAACAGGCUCAGAGCGCUGAUGCGGGCCAGAAGAACUGGCUGACGAACACUCAAAAUGCUCUGGAAGAACGCGAGCAAAUGCUCAAUUCUCAAUGGUACAACUUCAAACAGCAAUUCAAGAAGCGAGAAGAAGAACGGAAGCUUGAGACGGAAGUGAUGGCGACCGGCAUGCAAAAUCAGAUGCUAACGGUCCUUCAAGCCGCCCUCUCCCAGAUUACCCCCAAUCUGGCAACAGGUAUGCAGUCUGAGUCUUCGAGUUCCCCUGAUCCAGCAACUAUGAAUCCAGUACGAGCAGUCGCCGUCAAGAAUAGUCAGACACCCAUCGUGGGCUCGUCACCGACGGUGGCAUCUGUCCAACAGAGCGAAAUCAAGUGCGAGACACUUCCUGUCAAGAGAGCUGCCCGCAAAGAGUCGUCAAGUACCUCACAGACUCCACCCACCGCGAGGCAAACGGAAACACAAGGUGCGAGAAAGUCUGCCGCACGAAUGGAAGAGGCUACAUCAUUGUCGUCGAAGAGGUCACAACCGAAGAAGGCGAAGAAGAAGUCUGACCCUCCACCUGACGACCCGGAUGAUCCGGAACCCAGUGAUAGUGACAAUGAUGUUGGUCGAGGAGGAAGCUCUAAUUCUAGUGAUGCUGAAGGGCUUUCGAGUGAAGAAGAAGACAUCGGGAUGACUACGACGACGAUACGGCCGAUGGAACAGCUAUAUGGAAUUGUAGACUCUUUAUUGGUCACACUAACCUGGAGAAGUUUGACGAAAAAGUGUCCAGGGAUAACCGAGUCAAUUGGUGGGAGCGAUUCUCGGAUAUGGCAUCGCAAGGAUCCUGGUCAGAUACGAUACAAACUCGUCCGUUUAGGAGCCGAAUGUCACAGCGAUCCGGGACUGGUCUACGCAGUUACCCAAAUCUACGCGUCACGAUUGGGAACAAAUGUCACGCAGAUUCAGGAAGCUGUAUAUUGGUACUACAGGCUCCUACUCCGAAAGAUGAUCAACCACGAAACCCCCUUGCAGUUCUUUUAUCGUCUGAAUGCGGCGGCGGUCAAGGCUGAGGUCAAGUUUAAGUCGAGCUCAAGCUACUCCUUUAGAUAUUCGAUAAAUAGCAAGGAACCAGUAGGCGCGGGGCGCCCUACCGGUAAUGCAGUCACGCGUGUCUACAACGGACACGCGGUAUUGAGGACGGCAGACCCCAGUGAGAGGGAAUCUCACUGCAGAGUGCCAGGUGACAUGCCAAACCUUGUCAUCUUGAAGUUCAAGUCAAUGACAAAGAGAGAGGACUCUCUUCGGGUAUUGGUGGACUCGGACGCGUCGAACAACUUUGUUCGACAGCAAUGUUUAUCGUUGUUGGACUUCGAGGAGGAGCAUGUGCCUCGAAGUCAGUUGGAAGUACGAUUGGCAACGGGUGCCAUCUUGAAGCGCGUAAUUCGCGCACGCUUCUCGUACAAACACCGGAUGUUCGUGGAAGAACUUCUCGUCCUGGACUUGGGCAUGCCGUGGUUUGCACGGCAUGAUCCUAUUAUCGACUGGGAGAAGCGUAUGGUCGUACGCUUCGGACGCCGCAGCGCAACAGAGAGCGAUGGACCGGUUAGUGCAGCAGAUACACCUAAGGAUGCAUCCGAACUUCCUAUAAAGACAGUGGCUACUACCGCUGUCUCCAGCCGUAGCGCGCGGGGCGCGCGAGCUGUGACGACUCCAGGAGUCGUUGACAGAAAAGGAGUGUCUGGUCAGGGACUAGACACUGCCAAGAAAUUCUCCGCCGUAAGGCGUAGAGGUGACGACAAUGCAUCGACUCCGGGAGUCGAUGCGACAAGCUGUGUGGACGGUUGCAAUCGUCCAGCACUGAAGCUUGCGUGCUGUCGUGCAGCCGGGCUGCACGAAGCAGGGCGUGAUCAAGCCGGGCUUGAUGAGACGUGCCCGCAGAUACAAGAACACGCCGGCGACCGCCCGCAGACUGGAAUGUCUGCCGGUGGUAUUAAGAAACAUUCGUCCAUGGCGGGGCCUGGACGAAAAGCAAGUGAAUCCGGGAUUCACAAGAAGAAGCGACGGCGCAAGCACAACACGCUGCGCAAGUCUCGGUCCAGGACCGAGAUUCUUCAAGACCCAAGAGCCGACAGUACGUUGAACGUCUUGACACGAGCUUGUGCUGGGUAUCAGUACAAGAAGGUGAAGUUGGAGAACCCUCCGAACGAUACGUCGGAGUUGACCUUGCUUCCAGUCAUGAGCUGGAAGCGCUUCGCAAAGGACCUGUACGAUGGAUGCAUCGAACAGUUAUGUAUUCUUUCGAAUCGCGAAAAAAUGACAAGCGAAGCAGAGGAGUUGAGCCAACUCUUCGCUGGAAGCGCCACUGAGAGCGAGGACACUCUCAGUGCCAAGACCAAGAAGGAGCACUUCGAGGAGCAGACUGAAAUUCUGCGAGAGCACAAGGACGUGCUCCCGGACGAGAUCCCUGCGGAGCUUCCGCAGGACAAGGGAAUACAGCACGAUAUUGAUCUCGUGCCGGGUACGAAGUAUUGCGUGACGCGGGAGUGGUCACUGCCGCGGAAGCAAGUGAAGGCGAUCGACGACUUCUUCGAAAGUCGUCGCAAGGACAAGUGCGGGAAUCAAAGUCCCCGCACAGCGCACCAACGUUCUGUGUCAAGAAGCCACAUGGUGCUUGGCGCAUCGUUCACGCGUACUAUAAGCUGA